CUUCGGCCCGCGCGCGAGUUCGCUACGCGGAAUGUGCUUGCGCCUGCGCGUGGCCGGGUUGAGGCACGCAUCUCGCAGAGGGUGACCCUGAGGGCGCCGCGGGGAGUGGAUUCGGGGACGUGGAGGCCCGGGCGGCGUUCACUUCGCUGGAAGGCCCUGGUGGGACAGAAAAGACAGAGAUGGACCCGGUGAGACUUGUCCGCCUAUUCUCUCGGGCCCGCCCCUUGGGGCUCUUGGGCCUCCAGCACUUUGACCUUCUUGGAGCCCAGUGGACAGGAGGCAGGGAGGGGCUUGUGUGGCUGAGGGCUGUGGGGCCAACUCAGCCAGCCUUAGCUGCCUUCAGCAGCUCCCCUUUGUCAGCUGCCUUUGAAUCUGGGAGCCAGAAGAAUAUGAGCAGCCUCCACUCUGACCCAAGCCAGCCCAGCUCCACAGGCCCUCAAGAGGAAGAGGAGAGCUUUGGAACCCUCUCUAAUAAAUACUCCUCCCGGAAGAUAUUCCACAAAUCAACACCCCAGUUGUAUGACCUACGACUCAGGGAACAGAAUAUUGAGGAAGAUGAAGAAGGGGAACUGGAGCCAAAAUCAUGGCAGGGCCCAAGAAACACCCCAUAUUGGUACUUCCUUCAGUGUAAACGCCUAAUUAGGGAAGGAAAGCUGGCUGAAGCCCUGGACCUGUUUGAGAGGCAGAUGCUAAAGGAGGAGCAACUACAGCCACUCGAGUACAACUACACGGUGCUGAUUGGAGGCUGCGGGAGGGCUGGCUACCUGAAGAAGGCCUUCGGGCUCUACAAUGAUAUGAAAAAACGGGAUUUAGAGCCCUCAGAUGCCACAUACACAGCCCUAUUCAAUGUCUGUGCCGAGUCACCCUGGAAGGACUCUGCCCUUCAGAGUGCCCUGAAACUACGACAGCAGCUCCAGGCUAAAAAUGUCCAGUUCAACCUGAAGACAUACCAUGCUCUGCUGAAGAUGGCUGCCAAGUGCUCAGACCUCAGGAUGUGCCUUGAUGUGUUCAAGGAAAUCAUCCACAAGGGGCAUGCUGUCACAGAAGAGACCUUUAGUUUCCUGCUCAUGGGCUGCAUCCAGGACAAGAAGAUAGGCUUCCGACUCGCCCUGCAGGUGUGGAGGCAGAUGCUGAGCCUGGGACUCAAGCCAACCCAACAUGGCUACAACUUGCUGUUAGGGGCAGCUCGGGACUGUGGCUUGGGGGACCCAGAAGUGGCCUCCAGGCUGCUCCUGAGACCCAGAGAGGAGACAGUCCUGCUCCAGCCCCCAGGCAGGCAGCAGGCAGGGAGGAGAGGCUCUUCUGUGAUUGAUGGUGUAAUGACCAGAGUACAUGUGGAGGCCCUGGAGAGAGAGCUGUUUCUGGAACCUUCUCAGGCAGUUGAGGGACUUCCAGAGCCUCGGGAGGCCCUAGUGCCCAGUAAGGCACAAUCUGAGGUGGAAACCAAGGCAGAGCCUGACCACACAGCAGCUCUUACCCCAGUGGCUCUGAAGCCAUCUCCCUUGGAGUUGGAGAUCAACCUCCUGACCCUGGAAACUGUCUCCCCAGCUGUGGUCUCCUUUGGGACAGUGAUCACUCCUGCUGACAGGCUAGCUUUGAUAGGGGGCCUGGAGGGCUUCCUGGGCCAGAUGGAAAAGCACGGGCUCCAGCCGGACAUUAAAACCCUUACACUGCUGGCUGAGGUGGUAAAGCCUGGGAGCCCUGCGGAGUCCUCACUGCUGACCAUCCUAGACAGGCACCAGGUGGAGGCCGAUGUGACAUUCUUCAACACACUGAUGAGGAAGAAGAGCAAGCUGGGAGACCUGGAAGGGGCAAAGGCGCUGUUGCCAGUCCUGGCAAAAAGGGGAAUUAUCCCCAACCUACAGACGUUCUGCAACCUGGCCAUUGGGUGUCGUAGGCCCAGGGAUGGUCUGCAGCUGCUUGCAGACAUGAAGAAAUCCCAGAUGACCCCCAACACCCACAUCUACAGCACUCUCAUCAAUGCAGCCCUCAAGAAGCUGGACUACACCUAUCUCAUUGACAUCCUGAAGGACAUGAAGCAUAACAGGGUCCCGGUGAAUGAAGUGGUCAUCCGCCAACUGGAGUUUGCAGCUGAGUACCCACCCACCUUUGACAGGUACAAAGGGAAGAACAUGUACUUGGAGAAGAUCGAUGGCUUCCGAGCUUAUUAUAAGCAGUGGCUGAAAGUGAUGCCAGCAGAGGAAACCCCCCACCCCUGGCAGGAGUUCCGGACCAAGCCCAAAAGAGACACUAUCAGGGAUGCUGGUGUGGAUGAAGUCCUUGGGGGCAGGUAACAGAAUGCACAGCUAGAACAAAGUGCCUGGACCUUGGUGCCUGAUGGGAGUCCUGGGAGUCCUUUCCAUGAUAAAGACAAGCAAACAU